AUGGUCGGAGCAACAAUUCAAAUGCGCGAGGGCGCUGAGCUUGUUGGAGAACACGGCUUUCGAUACCUUCUUGUUAAACCGCUUGGUCAGGCCAAUGUAUGGGUCGCUGUCGACGCGGCUUCCCAAGAGAAGAUCUUCAUCGUAAAGCAGCCCGGCGACGAUGACAUCGGAUUCGGAUGGCCCAAGUUCCAGCACGAGAUGAUCAUGCAUGAACUUCUCAAGGGCAUCUCAACGAUUAGACAACAAGUGGACCGCAUCCCACCGUCCGCUAGAGGCGAACCUCCACGGAUCGUGCUCGAAAUCCUCCAAUCGACCCUCUGGGAUGCACGAAGGAAGCGCCAGUUUAGCGACGUUGAACUCAAGGGCAUCAUGCGCUCGGCAUUGUUGGGCCUGCGAGAUGUGCAUCAACGAGGCUUGGUAUAUGCAGACCUAAAGAUGCAGAACAUCCUCCUAAGCGGCUUCGAAAACGAACCCAACGAAAACGCAACAGUAGGCGACAACCGCAUCACCGCCAAGCUCGGCGACCUAGGAAUUGUCAUGGAACCAGCAAAAGGCCUCGUCCAACCCAUCGUAUACCGCGCUCCAGAAGUCUACUUCCGAAACGAAAUCAACCAACCAGCCGACAUCUGGUCCUGGGGUGUCAUCUACUGCCAGCUCCUCGAAGCCCAAGCCUCCUUCAACAAAUACGGCCUCUACGACGAACUCCUGCAAGGGAACUCCGGCCAGGGCCAAAAGGAACGCUCAGUCGAACGAGCCAUCGCACACGAUUUCGGGCUUGGCGCCCUGGACUACUACGACGGUUGUAGACUUCCGUACCACGACCGGAGCCACCACGAGGGACAACACUGGGAGCACCUAAAAGCCAAGGGCGUGCCGGAAAAGGAAAUCAAGUUUCUGAGCUGGGUCCUCAAUCCGGUUCCUACGGAUCGACCUACCGCGCAGCAGAUUCUGGAUGCGGGCUGGUUCUCCAUGGAUCACCAGCAAACGGGGCGUAUUGCCGAGACAUUACAGGCGCAGGCGCAGGAGAGCAGACGCAGGAAUAUUCACAGGAAGCGCAGUGAGCCGCUGUUAUCGACGUUUUCUGCGGCCAAACAGCAGCCCUCUGGAUUGUAUACGAGGGAGCCCCCUACGACGUUUUCUCCUAUGCCUUGGCAGCCACAGUCCAGUCAGUCGUAUUCGCAACAGCAAUCGCAGCCGCAGCAGUCGCAAGAUCACCACCAGCCCACGCCGUACCAACCCACUCCUUACCAACCCAUGUCCUUCAAACCUGUCACCAUGCAGGCUCGCGAUGAACUAGCGAACAAUAAUGCCCGUCCUGUUACACCGCGAUCUAGUACCCAGAAGCCGUCGGGAAGUACAUUUUUGAACUUUGGCUCUUUUAUGCGGUGA